CCUGAAGGGGCCGGGGGCGGGACGAGAGUCGACGGCCGCCCCCCUCCGGCCCCGCCGCCCCUGGCGCGGAAGGGGCCUGGUUGCCCGGUGUUCUGCCGGCACCUGCCCCGCCGUCCCAGGCCUCUGCGGGGGCGAGACCCUCGGUGGAAGACAAGCGCAGACAAUAAACGUUUGAGCGCAGGCUGUCGGUGUCCAGCGUGACAAAAUACAGGCAGCAAAUGCGUUUCUUCUAAUACGUGGGGUUUUGUGAAAAGCAACGUGGCAGGAAAAGUAUGAACGUGAGCGCGUGCAAUUCAGCCGUUUGGGUGAAAAAGGUGGGAAACCGGUGGCUGGAGGCCAACAGCUGGUGUGGGGAGGGCGGCAAAUGGCGGCACCUGAGGCUGGGGUGGGGGGUCCCAUGGCGUUUGGCCACCUUGGGGCAUCUGCCUGGUACCAAGACCCCCGUCUGAGAGCAUCCCUCGGGUCACGGGGAAGUCACUUUGUGGGACACCCGGCCACUGUGACAUUGUAGAACAGGACGGAGUGGCAACCGCCAUUGUCCUCACAGGCGAAGCAAGAGCAAGUUGAUUUUCCCCCCGGCUCACCCCUUCUUCAGGCUCGCAGGGAUCUGAAGGUCAAACUCACAAAUCUAAAUGUUUAGGAUCGGUGUGCCAGGACCAAAGUCCCAGCAGGCAGGAGACAGGGAAGCUCGGUCUUGGGCAUUUCUGAGAGAUUCAGAGAGCCCAGCCAUGGUGGGUUACUGGAAGUACUACCUUAAUGGCAUCCUGGAGGACAGGAACAUUGAAGAUGUGGCUAUCCCUGACAAUGAUUGCAUGUGGGACGCCAAGCCAGGAGGUCUCCUCGCAGCCAUCUCACCCCAAGAAGUGGUCUUGAUCACGGGCCAGGAUCAGACAACAUUCCUGCUGACGGGAAUCACCAUAGCUGGCAAAAAGUGCAGUGUGAUUCAUGACAACCUGCUGGUGGAUGAAGACAACGUGAUGGAUGUCAGAAGCAAAGGCAGUGACAGCAGAUCCAUCUGUAUUGGCAAGACCCCCGAAGCCCUGAUCUUCCUCACGGUCAAGAAGGGAGUCCAUGGAGGAGCCCUCAACCAAAAGGUCCACAAUAUGAUUGUGGGCAUGAAUGCAUGA